GCAAGUGUUCGGCUGUCUUUUACUUCACUCUUGGUUUUGUGUGUCUCUUCACAACUACUCCCAAAGCAGUAACAGGGAAUUGUGACUUGAAGAACUUCGGCUUAUUAAAAACAAAAUGUAACAACACAGAAGGAGUCCGUGAUUUUACAUGCUUUAUAAAAUAUAGGAAAAAGACCCAGGUGUACAUCUGUGAGUGGAAACAUGGAAGAGACAAUUCAAUGUCAUACACACUCUACACACAUCAGAGGGUCUUGAAAUGUAAGGCGGUAGAUCAGACGCCGAGAAUCAAGAACUCAAUUGUGACCUCAGAGGUAUUCGGUAUGAUAAAUAGAAACAAUAUCACAGCUCACGUUAUUGCGACAAGUAAGGAUCAUAAGAGCUGCACCUACAAAGAGUUCAGUGGUACUCCAUCACAGAUGGCAUUGUGCGGUCCUCCUUCAAAAGUAGCUUUCAAAAGAAGAUCAGGCCAUCUGUUUGUUGAGGCGGACUGGGGAGAUGAGAGCAUAUAUAUCAAACAAUUCUCUGUAGCGUUCAGAGAGUUCAACACAACCUGGUGGAAUGAGCAAAUGUCUAAAAAUAACAGGGAAUGUGUUGUAAGGAAUCUGACGUCUUCUCUGUCGUAUGAGAUGCAAAUAUGUUGCGUUACCACUUCAAAGUGCUCGCAGUGUCCUCUCAGUGAGGUCAUCACUGUCCCACAGGAACUCACAGAUGCACCAUCCAUUCGUUAUGGGAUUCAAGACCACGUUCAAGAUCAUUUCCUAUUAGCAGGGCAGAGAAGAGUCAUCGUGAAAUGGGAGUUUGCCAACAGUGAUGCUGUGAAUGACUAUAUUGUGACUGUAUGGAAAGUGUCCGGGGAACACAGCAAUCAGGACAGUUACACCACCAAAGAUCAAUCACUCGCACUGGUCCUGUCUUACUCCGCAUACAACAUCAGUGUCGGGGCCCUCAAUAGUGCUGGAUCGUCCCCUGCUGCACAUAUAGCCAUAGAGCACAUGGAUGUUUGGAGGGAUUGGUUUGGGCCAUUCAGUGUCAGCAUAACCAGCAAUAGCAGUUUCAAUUUGUCAUGGAGCAGCUCCAUCUUAAGUGUGUGUUACUCUGUGGAGUGGUGGGCCAAAGGAGAGAGACCAGCUUUCCGAUCAUUCUACAUGAAGGAGAAAAACAGAGAAAUAACUGAGAUAUCUGAGAGCGUUUAUCAGCCCUAUGUGAGAUACUACUUCUUCCUGCAUAUCAGACCAGACCAAGAUACCUGUAACAUGAAGAAUGUGAACAACAGUGAGAAGACCUACAGCACAGCUCAAGCUUACCUUCUUGAAGGAAGUCCUAUCAGUGCUCCUGGCAAUGUGAGCAUUUUGAAUAUUACACAGCAUUCCUCAGUGAUCACGUGGAGCCCUGUGUCAGAGGAGGAUCUGCGUGGAUUCUUACUAGGCUACAACAUCUCGUACACAGUAUACAACAUUGAAACAUUCAUCAUAGUGGAUCCCAGUCUGAACAGAUAUGAGUUGCUGAAGCUAAAAAGCAACAGUGCAUACCAAAUUCAGCUGUCGGCAUUUACAGCGGCUGGGGAAGGUGAACGCAGCGAUCCCAAACCCUUUGUUACUAACUCGCCGGCAUUCACAGCUUUAAACCGCAUUAUAGCCGCAGUCAUCGUGGCAAUAGUCAUCCUUUUGUUGGCUGUACACCUGAGUUGUCGAUUUCUGCACAGAUCCAAAAAGCUGCUCUGGCCAAGUAUACCAAACCCUGGGAAAAGUAAUGCAGUUAAGAAAGUCAACAUUGGCCAUGAACUGGAUAUCCUGGAGCCUCUGAAAAGACAGAGGUUAAUUGAGAGUGAGGGAUGUGACUCCAGUACAGUGUAUUUCAUUGUAAGCAAGAAGGAAGUGUCUCCUCUCAGCUGCCCACCAACAUCCCCGUUUAAUGUAAAGCCUACCCUACUCAUCCUCAGUGAAGAUGAGGCCAGCACACCCAUUCUGGAAGAGAUAAUUCCCCCUGACACCCCAACACUCACCCCAAACAAAACAUCUGUUUCCAAUGAGACCUUUCCAAUGGACCUCAAUGAGAUUGACUCCACUUUGAGUACUUUUAUUGACAAUGAAAUCACAAGUCCAGAGAGCAAAGACACUGGGGAUAUCAUCUCCAACAUUAGUGGAACAAACUUUGUCCCUGCAACUUUUGGAAAGCCUGCUAUGGUUUUCGUAAACGAUUACACCACUAUGGAGUUCUUCCAGAUGGAAAAUGGAAGAAUAAGCUGGAAUUAAGGGUUAAUUUGUCCAAACAGGGAACUAAUUUCCUGCACAUCUAGGGCAGGACUACAUACGUCAGUCCUGUUUUGCAGGAAAUGGUAACUAAUCAGGAUCGUGUAAUGGUACCGACAUCUUACACACAGAUAUUGCUGUGCUCUGAUCAUACUUAAGAGCACUAAGCAUGCACUAAGGACUGCUGACUUUUACAUCUACCUGACUGUCACAUACUCCAGAUUUCAAGGAUUGUUCCAUGUUCAAAAUCAGUUGAGCUCUAUGGACAUUAUCUAUGGCAUGUUGUUGAUUACCACAGACAAUAAGUGGAUAGUAAUAAGACUAGUUUUAGCAAACUAGUCUUCAGUUAACACAUACAGUUAUGGCCAAAAUUAUUGGCACCCUUGGUAAAUAUGGGCAAGGAAGACUGUGAAAAAUAUGUCUUUACUGUUUAUUCUUUUGAUGUUUCAUUCAAAAUGUUCACAAAAAUGUAACCUUUAAUUGAAGUAAACUAAUUGAAA